AGCGCGCUGACGUAACGUGACGUACCUCUUCCGGAAGUUGCUAGUGACUACUCGGAAGUGUUUGGUGUAGGGCGGAGAUUGGCGGUGUGUUGUAUUGGAGGAACGGAGCUGUUUGAAGGUUCUCCUACUCACUUCAUAAUGGGGGAGCCUCAGCAGGUCAGCGCUUUGCCUAUACCUCCCAUGCAGUACAUUAAGGAGUACACAGAUGAAAACAUCCGCAAGGGCCUGGCCCCCAAGCCUCCCCUCCCCAUAAAGGACAGCUACAUGAUGUUUGGCAACCAGUUUCAGUGUGAUGACCUUAUUAUCCGCCCUCUGGAAACUCAGGGCAUCGAGAGGCUCCACCCCAUGCAGUUCGACCAUAAGAAGGAGCUGAGGAAGCUCCUUAUGUCCAUCCUGGUCAACUUUCUGGAUAUGUUGGACAUCCUGAUCCGAAGCCCAGGCAGCAUCCGAAGGGAGGAGAAACUGGAGGACCUAAAGUUGUUAUUUGUUCACAUGCACCACCUUAUUAAUGAGUACAGGCCCCACCAGGCACGUGAGACCCUGCGGGUGAUGAUGGAGGUGCAGAAACGUCAGCGGCUGGAAACGGCAGAGAGGUUCCAGAAACAUCUAGAGCGAGUGGUGGAGAUGAUCCAGAACUGUCUGGCAUCGCUACCCAAUGACCUCCCUCUUUCUGAUGGCGCAGUCAGUGUAAAAACUGAACCAAUGGAUGUUCGGGAACCCUGUACGGACCAUCAUGCGGGGCCCCAGGAGGCAGCAGCAGCUUCUCUGAAAGAGACCACAAUUGAUAAGGAUGCAGCUAUGUGUGUUAUCAUCGAUGAAAUGACCUAGUCCAAUAAGCAGUUCUAAUCAGGACUCUUGAACUUUAGAAGUCACAAGGAUUCAUUGAAAUGCAAUAGCAUGGCUCUAUGUGUUGGUUGUAUUCAUCAUGGGACUUGGCAAGGAAAAUGUUUGUCCCAAGGGAACUCAGUCACAGCUAUUGCUCAUGUACAUGUCUGUUUAUUGUGCUUUUCUGCCAUGCUUUUGAAAAGGCAGUAUGCAAGAAGGCUAAUAUUUUUCAGUGUUUUCCCUGCCAGUUCAUGUGUAUGAGGAAUGGAAGGUUGUAGUUCUGCAACACCUGGGUGGUAACUGCUUAUUUGUGAUUAAACAGACAAAGGACUGGGGUCAGACUUUUGAAUGUUAUCUAACUGAUAUACUAUGUAUGGAAUCUACUCAUUGCAAGUUAUGUUUGUACAGUUAUUCACAUGUUCUGAGAUAUCAAAGUUUAUUUAAAAGUUAAUAUUACAAUUGUUUGUAUCUUUUUCUCUCUGAAUUGGAAUAUUUUAGUCUCAGAUUGGUUUGGAGCAUGAAAAUCCCAAAAUGGGUGCUGUUAUCUGUUAUAGGAGAAGUCCAUAUUUUGAAAUGCUCGCCUUUACAGUUUAUCAUGUUUAUUUACUUUAAUAUUUGUAUUACUGCAUUAUAGUUUUAACCCUCUGU